GUCAUCCUCCUGGGACGGAUGCCUGAAGCGAGAGAAAAUCCAAGAUCUCUGCAUCCCGCAAACUCCAGCUGAAGAGCCUGAUGCUGGCCAAGGCCAAGGAGUGCUGGGACCAGGAACAGGAGGAGCGUGAGGCAGAGAAGUCCCGCUAUCUGUCCGAGCGGGUCCCCAAGUUGGAGACCCGAGGCCUGUCCCUCAGUGCCCUGCAGGACCUGUGCCGGGAGCUGCACGCCAAGGCAGAGACGGUGGACGAGGAGAGAUACGACAUUGAGGCCAAGUGUGCGCACAACACCAGGGAGAUUAAGGACCUCAAGCUGACUGUGCAGGACCUCCGUGGGAAGUUUAAGCGCCCGCCCCUGCGCAGGGUCCGCGUCUCUGCCGACGCCAUGCUGCGCGCCCUGCUGGGCUCCAAGCACAAGGUUUCCAUGGACCUGAGGGCCAACCUGAAGUCGGUGAAAAAGGAGGACUCCGAGAAGGAGCGGCCCGUGGAGGUAAGAGACUGGAGGAAGAACGUGGAGGCCAUGUCUGGCAUGGAGGGCCGGAAGAAGAUGUUCGAUGCUGCCAAGACUCCCACCUCACCUUAGAGGCCUGGGCUGCACUGGCUCUGGACCCCUGUGUGGUCCUUCCUCUGCAGGUCUCUCCCCCUCCCCCAGCCCCCACUGCCCCUCCCCCACCAGCCUGAGUGACAUUUCUGUCCCCUGGAACUGGGACCAGAGGACACACAGAGAAGAACCGCUGUUUCUGAAGACCUCACCUCAGCCCAGUGCCCCUCCAUCUUCGCUGCUCUGACCUGCAGAGUGGCCACAGGCUCGGUGGCCUCUCCAUUAAAAGCCC